AUGGGAGAGGAUACUCGGAGUGCUAGAAUCAGAACGGCGACGUCAGGGUUCUUGGCGUCGGCAAUGCGCAACGCUGCUCAUUACAAGGUCGUGUGCAAGUCGACCACGACGACCGUGGUGAACGUGUUUGACAAGACGGUGAUAUCGGCCAAAGGGCAAGCAACUUCUUGGGUUAGAUUCGACAAUCCGCAUCCUGGCGCCAACUAUCCUCACAUUAACGUCAACUACAAAAUCAGUGGUGUUCGUGACCCUCACACAAAAAUCUCCAAACUUCAUCUCAAGGUGCGAACUUCGUUUUUUUUUUUUUGAAAAGUUUGAUUUAGGCGAUUGGCGUCACCGGGAAAGCCCUUCAGAAGCUCAACGAAGCGGCACCGCUGCUAACGGCGGCGGCUGUCACUGCGGACGCCUACAGGAUCAGCAAAGCGGCGACGGAAGACUUUAGCAACGGAACCACUAGAAACACGGUUUCGGAAGUUGCAACUGUUGCCGGAACUUGGGCCGGCGGAUACGCCGCUGCUAGCUGGUGA